AAACACGUAUUUGUUUAAAAGAAAAUCAAAAUUUUGAUAACGUCCCUCACAGGUGCACCUCCUACUUUUAUUUUGAAAAUAUUUUGUCACCUUUCAAUGUCAGGAUUUGUACUAAUUGUGGCUUCACGUUUCCGGAACUGAAAGCCGAAACAUUAGGGUUCAAGGGAUCACGUUCAUUCAAAUAGAGAUUUAAUUCGUCUUUAGUGUGAACAGAAUGGAGGUUCGCUUCACGCGAGGCAAAUCUGCCAUCCUGGAGCGCUCGCUCACGCGUCCCAAGACCGAGGUGAGCGUGAGCGCGUUUGCGUUGCUGUUCUCCGAGAUGGUGCAGUACUGCCAGAGCCGCGUUUAUUCGGUGUCUGAGCUCCAGGCCCGGUUAGCUGACAUGGGUCAGGGUGUUGGAGCAAGCCUCCUGGAUGUUCUUGUGUUGAGAGAGAAAAAUGGAAAAAGAGAGACCAAAGUGUUAAACAUACUUCUCUUUAUUAAGGUAAAUGUAUGGAAAUCAUUGUUUGGCAAGGAAGCUGACAAGUUGGAACAAGCCAAUGAUGAUGACAAAACGUACUACAUCAUUGAAAAGGAACCACUAAUAAAUGCCUACAUAUCAGUACCAAAAGAGAACAGCACUUUAAACUGUGCAGCCUUUACGGGUGGCAUCGUGGAAGCUAUUUUAACCCACAGUGGCUUCCCAGCAAAAGUUACUGUUCACUGGCAUAAGGGGACCACACUUAUGAUCAAGUUUGAUGAGGCAGUCAUUGCUCGUGAUAAAGCUCUUGAUGGCAGGUAGAAGAUUGACUGCAGUCUGGUUCUAAGUUAUGAGUGUUAAAUUACUGCGUUUUAUUGUAAUUGAUUGUUUGUUUUUCAUAUAUGUUUACAUCUUUACUGAGCCCCCCCCCCCCCCCCUGCUUUAAUAACAAGAUUAAUGAGUCACACAUUACAGACUUUAUUGUACUGAUAUUAUACAGCAAAAGUUGUUAUAAAAGACCUGCAUAAACAUGAUAAUUUUUGGAUAUCUGUCUUUUUUGUCAAGUAACCAAAUGUAAAAAUUCUGCCUCAAAUUUUUUUAAGGGAAAGUUCACCCAAAAACGAAACUAUUAUUUACUGGCCCUCAUGUCGUUUGAACAACAAAUGUUUUUUGUUUUUCUUCCAAACAUAGUUUUUUU